GCUCCUCCAUCUCUGCACACAGAGGAGGGGAAAGACGUUCUCCGAAACGCCUGAGACGUUAUCGUUUUUUGGACUGACGGGCUUCGGUCUUCGUCGUCGCUAAAGAUGUUCCGCUUGCGGGCGUUGUCCGCAGUUUCGGUGGGGCUUGCGCAGUUGUCCCGGCGUUAUCACAGCGGGGCGGUGCGAGGGUCCGGUCAGAGGAGGCUGAUGCUGGCAGCCCUGGUUGGUGUAACUGGUGUGUCUGCUAGUGCUGGACUUCUUUGGAAAAGAGCAUAUGCAGAUGCAGGGUCGUCUGUUCGACACGCUGAGCAGCCAGGUGGAGACGAAGCUGAAUUUGUGAGAGACGCAGACUCCGAGACGGAGUCGGAGAAAUCGGUGGAGCCCAGCAGUGGAGAUGAGGACGCAAAAGAUGAAAGUGGAGAGGGGAAAAAAAAGAAGCCACGCUCCGGGUUCCGUGACCGCAAGGUGAUGGAGUAUGAGAACAGGAUAAGGGCUUACUCAACUCCAGACAAGAUUUUCCGCUACUUUGCCACGCUGAAGGUCAUCGGCGAGCACGGGGAUGCUGAGGUUUACAUGACGCCUCAGGACUUCAUACGCUCUAUCACACCUAAUGAGAAGCAGCCCGAGAAUCUAGGCCUGGAUCAGUUCAUUGUGAAACGCUAUGACGGGAAGGACUUCUGGCAGACGGAGAAGAUUGCCCAAGAGAGAGAGAAGUUUGCAGAUGAGGACAGCAUAUUUUACACACUGGGAGAAUGUGGCCUCAUCUCCUUCUCUGACUACAUCUUUCUCACCACCGUGCUGUCCACUCCCCAGAGGAACUUUGAGAUUGCUUUCAAGAUGUUUGAUCUUAACGGCGACGGGGAGGUGGACCUGGAGGAGUUUGAGCAGGUCCAGAGCAUCAUUCGUUCCCAGACCAGCAUGGGCAUGCGACACCGUGACCGCUCCACCACAGGAAACACCCUGAAGACAGCUGGCUGCAGCUCUGCUCUCACCACCUACUUUUUUGGAGAAGACCUAAAGGGAAAACUCACCAUUGGCAGCUUCCUGGAGUUUCAGAGGAAACUGCAGCACGAUGUGCUCAAACUAGAGUUCGAGAGGAAUGAUCCUGUGGACGGCAGAAUCUCUGAGCGACAGUUUGGGGGUAUGCUGCUGGCUUACAGUGGCGUCCAGUCUCGUAAACUGAAGCAGAUGCAGAAAGGCUUGAAGAAAAUGUUUAAGGAUGCACAGGGCAUCACAUUUGAGGAGGUGGAGAACUUCUUCACUUUCCUGAAGAACGUGAAUGACGUGGACACAGCCCUGAGUUUCUACCACAUGGCUGGAGCCUCUAUAGACAAAGUUACCAUGAGGCAGGUGGCUCGCACUGUCGCCAAGGUGGAGUUGUCGGAUCAUGUGUGCGAUGUGGUGUUUGCUCUGUUCGACUGUGAUGGGAAUGGAGAGCUGAGUAAUAAAGAGUUCAUAGCCAUCAUGAAGCAGCGGCUGAUGCGUGGGCUGGAGAAACCCAAGGACAUGGGCUUCACCCGGCUGGUGCGUGCCAUGUGGAAGUGUGCCCAGGAUACUGCCUGGGACUUUGCCACACCAAAGACAUAAUAGAGACAGGUGACAACGUGUGAGCGAGAGAGAAAGACAGCGUGUGAAUAAGGCAACAUCACCCAGCAAAGGCAUUCUCCUUCAACAGGUUUUCGAGAAUUUAAAUAGACAAUUAAUGCAUUGAACUCAUUAAGGCUGCAGCCCUGAGAGGCAUUGCCAAUCAUUACUGCAUGUUGCUGUAGUUCAUGCCAUCAAUAUAAUGACUGAAGCAUCUUGAUGCAGUGCAGCGUGUCCUGAAAUGCUUUUCCAGUGUGCCUGUUGAAGGGAUCCUGGGUAUCUGUAUAUUUUACAAUAUGCAAAGUUUGUAUGUUUAUUCUUUAAAAAAAAAAGAAAGAAAGAAAGAAAGAAAAGCAGCAUCAAUCCAUGAACGUUGUUUGGGAGACACUAAAAAAAACAAAAAAACAAAACGCCACUUUCCUAUUCUGUUUAAUGCGUUUUACAGCAAAAAGCAAGACAAGAAGAGCUAUCACUCCUAUUUGACCUUCAGCUGUAUAAAAGCUCCAGUCUGUCUGUUCUAUACUGACAACAGACCCUUAGUUAUUUCUUUGGAGGGACAGAGCAGAAGUCUGUAAUGUUGCUAGAACCUCUUCAUUCGCUCUGCUCGUUCCAGGUAUCCUUAUUCCUUGCAUUCUGUCCCAUAAAAGAUCAACGACGCUUGUACUGUACUGUUCAAAGUGUGUAUUCUUCUGAUUAUUAUUGCUCACUGAAACACUUUAUAUAAGAUGGAUGUUGAAAGUAAUACUCUAUUAAAAGAUGUUUUAAUAAGUAAAA